GUACCUGCAAUCCAUACCAUACGAAGAGACGCUUCAAAACCCAGGAACCCAGGGGCAGGAACUACAGAGAGGAUAAUUCGUCGCCGAAGACACAGAGGGAGACAUGGAAUACACUGGACAGCCCCUUAUGGAAACACUCAACGGAAGUGCCGCUCCCGGCGGCGGUGUUGAUGCAGCUGCCACGCCCCGUGCUCAGGAGGAGGCAAUGCAGCGUAUGUCAGCAGUUCGUGAACAGGAGCUCAUAGACGACUACGACGAUGAGGACGACGACUACUACCCGCAGGACCUUCCGGAAGAAGAGAAGACUCCGGUUACCGUGGUGACGGGUUUCCUCGGCGCGGGCAAGACUACCCUGGUGAACUACAUCCUCAAGGAACAGAGGGAGAUGAAGAUCGCCGUCAUCGAGAACGAGUACGGGGCUGUGAGCAUCGACACCGAGCUCGUGGAGGAGAACGUCCGGGAGGCCGAGGACAUCGUGACCAUGGACAACGGGUGCGUGUGCUGCACGGUGCGCGGCGACCUCGUGAAGGCCCUCCUCAACUUCCUCGACCGCCGCGACACCUUCGACUGCAUCCUUCUAGAGACAACCGGGAUCGCGGACCCUUCCCCGAUCGUGGCCACCUUCAACCAGGACAUGGACGUAAAGGCGAACUAUCGCGUGGACUCGGUCCUCUGCCUGGUGGACGCGAAGAACAUCCUUCGACAACUCUCGAGGACCUCCCAGGAGCCGGGUGCGGUGAACGAAGCCGUGCAGCAGCUGGCCUUCGCGGACUCGGUGAUCAUCAACAAGACGGACCUCGUGAGCGAGGAGGAGCUCAAGACGGUCAAGCAGAAGAUCACCAGCGUUAACGCCUUCGCCAAGGUCGUGCAGGCGGAGAAGUCACGCGUUCCUCUCAAGUCCGUCCUGAACCUCCGCAGCUACAACCUUGAGCGAACGCUGGAGCUCCUUGAACAGGAGGCGAAAGAGGAAGAGACUCGGAAGAAGGCGGCCGAGGAGGAGACGGCAAAGGAGGCCAAAGAGAACAGCGAGAAGGGCAAGGGGGGCCACGCGCAUGCGUGCAAGGAUGGGUCCUGUGGCCACGAUCACUCCCACGGCAACCACGACCACAAGCACGAGGACACCUCCAACGGCCACGCCCACUCCCACGACCACGACCACGGCAAGGAGCGUGAUGUUGGCUUCGAUACAUACACGGGUAAUUCAUCAACGCAACUGCUGUGUUCACUUCGGCUACGCGAGAAAACGAUUGCUCACUCACGCAUCGUAGCAGUGGUUUCACUGCAUGUGAAAGUGAUGAUGCAUCACACACCGGUGGUGCUGUUUCAGUAG